AUGGCGACUCCCCGAGCGGGAUUUGGCCUUCUGGCAAGGCCAUCAAAUAGAUAUCGGCCAAGGAGAUUGGCAGAAGCAGGGCCAAGUGAGGUUUUGUCGAGAUCAGCUGAUCAGACACCGACGAGCGACGCCGGUGGCCAGUUAAUUUCCAAGCCAGAGUCUUCACCACAGCCAAAAUCAUUGCCCAGAGUUUUCGAAGCGCCGCACUCACGACAAACCGGCCUUCCCCAGCCCUUGGAUCGGAAUGAGUUAGGCUCCAGACAACAAUCCUCCGGUUCCGGGAGAGGGACAUCAUUGACCGAUUCAAGGUGCCGUUCACAAAGCAGAUUUUGUUCGUCAUUGAAAGAUCAACCCAACGACGACAGUUUCAUGUUGCAGCAACCGCCUCCACGAGGUCGCAGUUCGUCUGUUGCCAUUGGUGCGAGCCAACGUGCCAACACUCGUAAGAUGACCCCGUCGAAUCCUUUGUUGCAGGGAUAUCAUGAUGCCGGUCUGGGUAUAACACACCUUGAUCAUGAUGUUGCACGAAGCCCGUCCCCUAUAUGCGUCACCGGCAUCGCUGCUGUGCGAAAGUCAGCAGCAUCACGGCCGGUGAUAUAUCCAGAACUGGAUCGCUAUCGGGGUUUCCGUGGUUCAGAGGACGUCCCCGACCGUCCCUGGGUAGAUGUGCCAUUUCACCUGGCCACGCACGACCUGCCACCUCUCACGCCAGCAUCCAUCUUCGCGUCCGGAUGCAGCAGUAGCCAAGUCAGCGAGAGCUCUUCGACAAAGUUCUCCGAAUCUCCCGGCCCUAGCUCAUAUAGCCGGGACACGACGCCGACCUCAAUAUCCUCGAAUUCUCCCAUCCUCGUCGCGCCAAGUAGAAUGUUCGCUCCUCCAAAGAUGCGACAAGAUAGUCCUUCAACAUCCAGGUCGCCCUUCACUCGGAAGUGGGCAGGGAGCAUAGCAAGUGAGGCGGAUUCCCCGAGCAUCGACAUGCAAGGACUGGCAGCUGCGAGGGAGUCCACGACCUCCUCUUCGUCUAGCUCCACAGUUCGCGAUGGAGAGAAAAGCAAGAGACGUGAUAGGAGAUCGCCUGCACGGCUGUCGCCUCCGCCUCCAAGCCCUCCGACGCAGAAAACAUCUCCAACUUCGACCAAGGUAAAGGACCAUUCCCCCUCAAAGCCGUCACGGGAUGCGAGCAAAACUUUUCAGCUCGCUCUACCGGUUCCGAAGGCGUCCGCCUCCCAAGCACAAGCACCCCCGUUUUCGAGGGCUGGACCGCCACCUCGACCAAGCCGACGUGGCACACCCGAUAUGCAAUCGCAGCUAUUUGAAUCCAUCCCUAUCAUACAGAGCAAUCUGAAAUCGACCUCCCGGGUCGCGGAAAGGCGAGGUAGCGAGCCGACGACGUUGCGAUCUUCGCCUAGAUCCACAACAGCAUUGACACAGACUUUGAACGUGACGUACACCUCGCAUGUUGUUCCCAUAGGACGAGAACCAGAAGCAGACCUACGGCAUCGAGCGGCACAAAGAACAAUCCCAAAGGUCGGAUCAACAUUCAACGCAAAGUUUCCAUUCUUCGGCCGCAGGAAGGCAUCGCCAGGGAGGAAGAAUGCGAUGCUGGGCGAAUCGGUAAAGAAGUCGGCUCGCAAAGGCCCAGUUGCUGGAACUGGCCACGAGGGCUACGGCAGGUUCGGCGCCAUUCGCAAACGAAGCGGCAGUGGCUACAACCCUGGGACAUUCUCUGGAUUCCAGUCUUCGCAGGACAAUCUCGCCAGUGAUGAUUCAUUUCUGGUAGACCGCGUCAAACCGGUUGCGAUUGCCGGUGGAGAAGUUGUUGAAGACCGCAACUCCUCAGAUGAACCUGACCAUUUGGGGAGUAGCCAAAGUGUGACAUCCGGGCGGCCCAGCACAGAGUCCAAGGUAUCACACGAGUCUCUCUGGACCUCCCAGAGUGCAUGCCGAGUUAAUCUCUCGCCGUCUUCUAUGCCUCGUCGCUUUCACUCGUCAAGCUCUCGUCGACCAUCAGGCUUUAGCAACGGAGACGACGCUUUCGUGAACACCAUCGCAUUGCGACGGUCCGUCCAACGCCUGCAGUCAUCUCCCAACAAUCCGUUGAGACUUCCACAGCCCAUCGUGGUACAUGGUCUUGAUUCCUCCCCCUCGCCCAUGACAAGUUUUGACACGAGCUCCUUGUCUGACGAGUCUCACAUGGAGAUGCAAAGAGGGACAUCUCUCGAAUCGGAAGCACCACCCCGGGCCCCUAAGAAGCUUCUGGAUCGAGCUCGCUCUCCUCGCAAGUGGCACCUAUUUAGUCGAUCCCAAACUCGAUCCAACGCAAACAUCAAGUCCAAGAAAAACGAAGUCCAGGCUGCCGUUGUGGCCGUUCAAAAAAGGCAGGUUCCAUUUUAUGCUAUGCUGGACUCGUCAGAGAAUGGAGAAAGCACCGCGUUGGACAUUCAAGAGUUCCUGCGUUGCGCCAAGGUGUAUGCACCGUCGCCAGCGGCUGCAAGCAUGCCCGAAACUCACCUGCCAGAGUUUGGUAGUCCCGAACAUGAGACCACCAGCAUAUCCUCAAAGUCUCAUGUGCACCCAACCCUCGGUCAUGGCCGUAGGGAAGCAGGACAGCCGCCCUGGACCUGUGACCCAAUGGAUCAAGAGAUGGCCUCGGGGCCGGGUAAGCGGAGUCGGCUUCUGCAGGUAGGAAGGAUUCCAAUUGUCGUGAGGGGUCGCUCCCAGAACGCCUCACCACAAAGCUUUUCGCGGCCCUUCCUGACCAGUUUCUCAAACCAGCCGCAAGCAAUGGCGGCGGAAGUGUACGACCCGGAGUCUAUUGCCAAAGGACCCACCCCUGUUUCCGACGCGGCUCCAGAAGCCCGAACGGGCAGCGAAAGCAUUGGUGUCUCUUCCGACGUAUAUUUGGCUCCGAAAGAAUGCUCUGAGCCGACAUGGGAUGAUGAAGAGUUCAUUUCCUUCUCACCACCGACAAUGUCGGACGUAACGAGUUCGAGCAGCUCCGGAGGUGUGGGCCCAUUCGUCGGUGCUACCGCUGUCAUCCCCAAACCAGACGAUCCUCCGGCCGAGGACGAGGUAUGGGACGAAUACGACGAUCUUCUUGGGGUGGACAACGAUAGGCCGCGGCGAUCGGCAACGUCUUCUCAGGGCAUUCCAUUUUAUCUCGAACUCUAUCAGAGGAAUGUAGAGAAUGAUGCAUCCUUGGAAUCGCCAGUUCUUGUCCCGGUGAGCGGCAAGGUAACGACGCAUUCGAAGGCACCUCCGCACCUGCCAUCUCCCAACGCCGGCAGGACAGAGAGGAUAUGGAUGGCCGUUCAAUCGCAUCUAUGCCCUGUGAUUCCUCCAUCAGCGACCGAAGGGAGUAACAGCUGCGGCACGGGACCGGGCCGCGUCCACAUGGAUGUCAGUCUACCGCAGGAGGCAAAACGAGGCAGCAUGUCGUCCGGCAAGACGGUCUUUUCAGACAGCAGUGCCGUGUCGUCUGAAGACGGGUCGCCGUUGGCCCAGGUCAACCUUCGGGUGGGUUCCAUGACGGUCAGCAAAUGGCUCACGUUUGGGCAAGUCCUGUUUAGCGAUGUUCGGCACGAGCUAGUGGUCGACCGCAGUGCGCCGAAGCGGCAUUCCGUUCUAGUGAUUGAUGGGCUCGGCAACGACGACUGGUCUUUCUACGCAGCCGAAACGUAUCCCUCGGCCUCCUUCUACAACCUCUCCCCUCGAGCUCCGCUGCCAACUCAGGUGCAAAAUUCGCCGUCCAGCUUCCCGCUCGCCCCUGCCAACCAUCACCAGGUUCAGUACAUGUGCCAGCUCGAGAAAUUUCCCUUUGCGCCGCAAAGCUUUGACUGCCUGGUCUAUCGGUUCCCGGUGGCGGGGCCGGAGUUGCAGUAUAAGAAUAUCGUGAACGAGGCGCGACGGGUGCUGCGACCCGGCGGCUAUCUGGAGUUGUCGAUUCUGGAUGUUGAUCUGAAUAACAUGGGCAACCGUGGGCGGCGGGCCAUCCGACGACUGAAGGAGCACAUCAACGAGCAGACAGCCGGUACCAACCUAGCGUCAACUGCCGAUCUGGUGUUGCGACUGCUGGGCAACGCGGGCUUCUCGGAUAUUAAAUCGGCUCGUGUCGGGGUCCCGGUGGCCAGCUCGAUUAGACGAUCGGACGCUGGGGUGGCGAAACGGACGGGCAAGGACGAAGGCAUCAAGAAGAAGGAUGCACCCAGUCUGGCGGAGAUGAUGAGCGACGACAGCCCGACGGCAGACGCAAACAUCACCAAGAUUGUGUCACGGAUUGGGCGAUGGUGGUACACUCGAUGCUACGAAGGCACGAGUGGUUGUGCACCGGACAAGAGCAUCUGGGCCGACAAGCCCCUCCUGUCCGAGUGCGAACGGCUCGGCACCAGCCUGAAGCUCAUGGUAUGCUGCGCUCGUGCGCCGGACCGCGUCAGCAGCGUCUAG